AUGGCGGAGGAGCGCGCCCACGCAGCAUUGGCCUCCGACCUGGCCAGCCUAUACGACGCCGCCGCCCGCGCCGCGCGCUCCGCCCGCGCCGCGGCGGCCGUGUCAGAGGCCAGCGCGGCGGCCGCCGCGGGCACCGGCGGCCUCUGCAGCUCGCUCGUGUUUGUGCUAAUCGCGCACGGCGGCGCGGACGCGGCCGAGGACGCGGCGGCCGCGCUUGAUCACAUAGUGGCCGCCGGCCCCUCCUCGGCCGAGGCCGUCGCCGGCACGCCGGGCGCAGUGACCGCGCUCGCCAGCGCCGCACGCGGCCACGCGGGCCCCGGCGCCGCCGGCCCAGCCGCGCGCGCGCUGGCCGGCCUGCUGCCGCACUGCCCUGGUUUCGCGGACGAUGCGCUGGCCGAGGCGGUCGCCAGCGGCGGCGCGGCCGCCGCGGCCGCGUCGGCCGCGCUGCGCGCGGCGCUCGGCGAAAAGCGCGUGCCCGUCGGCUGCGUCGGGCGCGCGCUGCGGCGGGCGCUGCUCGGCGUGAUUGGCGCGGGGCGCAGCAGCGGCGGCGGCGGCGUCAUGGCCGGCGGUGUGGCGGCGGAUGCGGCGGCAGCGUUGAGCAUUCUCGCGGCGGCUGGGGAGGACGUAUCAGAAGAGAUAGGGGCGCUCGACGCCUUGGCCGACGCCGUCGCCGCCCUCGGCCCCGCCGCCGGCCACGCGGCGCGCGCGCUCGCGCACACCGCGCUCCUCAGCGCGGGCCACGCCGCAGCCGUGGCGCUCCGCGCGCUCUCGCCGCUCGCCGCCGCGGCGCGGGGCGCGCGCGCCACCGGGGACUACGUUUGCUAUGACGACGCUCCCGCGGGCGGCGGCGACGGCGACGAGCCGGCGGCGGCGACGUGCGCGUUCGAGGCAAUGUGCGCGGUCGCGUCGCAAGGCGCCGACGCGGCGACGCUGGUGGCCGAGUCGCCAGAGGCCCUAGACGCGCUCGGCAGCCGCCUCCACCCGCGCGGCGAGGCGGCGCGCGCCGCGGCGUGGGCGCUGCGGGACGUGGCCGACGCCGGCGGCGGGCGCGCGGCGCGGCUGCUGGCGGGCGCGCCGGGGCUCCUGGCUGCGCUGGCGAGGGUGGAGUGGGAGGGGGACAAGGGGGUGCGGGGGGCCUCGAAGGCCGCCGAGUCAGCGCUGGCUCAGAUCGAGCGUAGGGGCGGCCCCGGCGUCGCCGCCGCCGUCGCAGACGCGCGCGGCUGCUGCGUUUCGACUGGCGAGGCGCUCGGCGCGAGCGACAGCAGCGAGUGCGGCGGCGACGAGGACGGCGAUGUUGGCCGGUGGGGCGCGUGCGGCGGCGGCAGCGGUGCCGGCAGCUGCGGCGACGACAGCGCCAGCGGGGACGGCGGCGUCGGCUUGGACGCUAUCCUUGGCACGCCCGCUGACGUGUUGGCCGAGGUCCAUCCCGCGCCCGAGGACGUCUUCGGGGCCCCCCUCGGGCCCCCCGGCGGCGCCCCGGCGAAGCGGCGCCCCCGCGCGGCGGCAGCGGCGGCGUCGCUGCCCGGCUGGAUGGUGCCGCGGGUCGCGCGCGAGCCGGGGCUUGAGGCCGUUCUGCCUGAGGCCCUCCGCGCCGGCGGCGGCUUGGCGGCGGCGGCGGCGGCGGCGGUGCGCGACCUCGCGGCGCACGGCAGCGACCCCGUGUUCGAGCUCGCCCGCGAGGAGCUUCUCUGA